CGAGCAACAUGGAGAGAAGCAUCUUUCACUGGGGGGAGCUGGGCAGUAGGUUCAGGGGAUCGAAAUCCAACAAAGUCCGAAAACUCAUCCAGGCCACCCCUUGGGAAGAACUUGCCGACAACGAGGAAAUUGACCACAUCUGCUGCAGCCCUCAUCUGACUGUGUUCAUCCUGAGGGAUGGCAGGGUUUAUACACUGAGCAACAGCCACAAGAGGAGUGGACAACUAGAGCUGAUCACUGCGAUACAGGACGAGAAGAUUCAUACAGCGGACAUCGGUGGCUCCAACAUCCUCUACGUGUCUGAAGCAGGAAAUGUAUACUUCAGUAAAGUCCCAAACCAAAAAUGUGGAGUGGCAAAUAAAUCUUUCAUCGUCACAAAACCAAAGUUACUCAGCAGCUUUGCAGGGAGGUGUGUCGUUCAAGUUGCCUGUGGAAGCAAUCACUCUCUGGCUCUCUGCAAAGAUGGUCAAGUCUUUGCGUGGGGCAAGAACACAAAUGGUCAACUAGGAGUGGGCGAGGCCGUUGGUACCACACACAGUCCGCAGCACGUGACAGCGCUGGCUGGUAUUCCCUUGGCUCAGAUCGCAGCGGGAGGAUCCCACACCAUUGCAGUGUCUCUGUCAGGGACAGUGUUCGCUUGGGGAGCAAAUCACCGUGGACAGCUGGGUCUAAACGAUGUGAAAGCUCGAUACCAUCCCACUUGUGUGAAGCUUCUGGAGUGUAAGAAAGUCGUGCAGGUGUCCUGUGGGGCCCACCACACUGCUGUGCUGAACAAGGAUGGGCUUGUUUACACCUUUGGAGCGGGAACGUACGGUCAACUCGGCCACAACUCUGACAGAGACGAGCUGAAACCUCGGCUGCUCGAGGGGCUGGAUGGAAUCAAAGUCUCCCAGAUUGCCUGCGGGAGCUCCCACACCAUGGUGUUCAGUUCGGCAUCGGGGCAACUCUAUUCCUUUGGCCGUGGAGAGAACGGGCAGUUGGGAACCGGACAAACCAUUGACCAUUUUGUGCCUUGUCUGGUCACCUUCUCAACAGACGGGACCCACAACCUGCAGCCUGCUCCUGGAGGUCUGCUCCAACCAGCUGUGAAAAGGAUAUUUGCUGGAGCCAACCAGAGCGUUGCCUUGUGCUUUGGUGUUAAGGCCUCACACUCUGCUGACUACCAGUCUUCAUUCAAUCCUCUAAGGAGAAUUGUCAUGGCUGAAGACUCAUUCUGGAACACCUGGAGCAUUCUGGAUAAUGGGGAGCUACAGAAGGACAUCAAAGAGGAGAUUGGUCACAUUUUCUCCACUGAAUGCCUCAACGGGAGCUUCUUGGAAGUCAGUGGGGAUGAGCAUUUCAAAACAGGCAGAGAAACCUCAGGAGUCGACCUGUCAGCUGCAAGUCUCUGGUUCGAGAAACUGGGAAAACAUCCCAUACUUUUGCAAGAGAUCAAUUCCACCAGAAAGCCUAAAUACCAGGAGAACAAAUUCUACAUCUGUGCACAAGAAGUUUUUGGUGACACACGUGUCUACUGUAAUGAGAAUAUCACUGAUUACGGUAUAAUAUUGGGCAAUAUUAACAGCACUAAUGCAUCUGCUGGGAUUAUCAAUGUACCUGCUGGUUUAGAAAUGGAUGCAUGUACUGAAAACAUUGUUGCUUCUGCUGGAGAUACUGUUACAUCCACUGGGAUCGUUGAGGCUUCUGCUGGAGAUACUGAUACAUCUACUGGGAUCGUUGAGGCUUCUGCUGGAGAUACUGAUUCAUCUACUGGGAUCAUUGAGGCUUCUGCUGGAGAUACUGAUACAUCUACUGGGAUCAUUGAAGCAUCAGCUGAAGAUACCGAUACAUCUACUGGGAUCAUUAAGGCUUCUGCUGGAGAUACUGAUACAUCUACUGGGAUCGUUGAGGCUUCUGCUGGAGAUAUUGAUUCAUCUACUGGGAUCGUUGAGGCUUCUACUGGUGAUAUUGAUACAUCUGGGAUCAUUGAGGCUUCUGCUGGAGAUACUGAUACAUCUACUGGGAUCAUUGAGGCUUCUGCUGGAGAUACUGAUACAUCUACUGGGAUCGUUGAGGCUUCUGCUGGAGAUACUGAUACAUCUACUGGGAUUGUUGAAGCAUCAGCUGAAGAUACCGAUACAUCUACUGGGAUCAUUGAGGCUUCUGCUGGAGAUACUGAUACAUCUACUGGGAUCAUUGAGGCUUCUGCUGGAGAUACUGAUACAUCUACUGGGAUCAUUGAGGCUUCUGCUGGAGAUACUGAUACAUCUACUGGGAUCGUUGAGGCUUCUGCUGGAGAUACUGAUACAUCUACUGGGAUUGAAGCAUCAGCUGCAGUUACCGAUACAUCUACUGGGAUCAUUGAGGCUUCUGCUGGAGAUACUGAUACAUCUACUGGGAUGAUUGAGGCUUCUGCUGGAGAUACUGAUACAUCUACUGGGAUUGUUGAAGCAUCAGCUGAAGAUACCGAUACAUCUACUGGAAUCAUAGAAGUCUCAAAUGAGAACACAGAAAUACCUACAAGGGCCAUUGAAGCCUCAACUGGGAACCCUAAUGCAUCUGCUGGGAUCAUAGAUCUCUCAGCUGGAAACACUGAUGCAUCUAACAGUAUUCUUGAUGCUUCCAGCGCAAACAUUGAAGUCUCUAUGCAGAACAGUACAUUCACAGAUAUCGAUCAUAGUUUGGAGUUUGAUAUUUCUACCAGUGUAACUGACGAACCUAUCGGGAUUGUUGAUGCCCCACAGAGGAACACUAAUGGCCCUACUCAGAUCAAUGAUGUCUUGACUGCAAGCACUGAGACAUCCACUGGGAACAUUGAGAUAUCUACUGGGAUGAUUGAAAUGUCAGCUGGAGAUAAUGAGAGCACUGAAACAUCGACUGGGAACACUGAGCCAUGUGCCAGGAUGAAUGAUGUACCAAAUGGGAACUCCGAAACAGCUACUGAGAUAGCUACUGGGAUAAUUGAAAUCUCAACUGGGAUCAGUGAUUCACUUACUGAGAUCAUUGAAGCCUCAGCUGGAGAUAAUGGGAGCACUGAAACAUUGACUGGGAACACUGAGACAUGUGCUGCGAACAUUGAAACAUCCACUGGGAACACUGAGGCAUCUACUGGGAUAAUUGAAAUCUCAGCUGGAGAUAAUGGGAGCACUGAAACAUCUACUGGGAUGAUUGAGAUUUCUACACGGAACCCAGAAUCAUUGACCGAAAUCAUUGCUACAUCUGCCAGGACUAUUGAGUCGUCUACUGGUAACACUAAUGACUCGAAUGGGAUCGUUCCUGCCCCUGCACUAAGCCUUGAGUUAUCUGGUGGGAUCGACGAGAACUCCACUGAUGUCGAUUUUGAAUUUAAUUCAACUGCUGAAGAGGACGAUUGGGUGGAUGACUCUUUCUAUUUUGACUUUGAAAUUACUCCCGAUGUCCUUGAAAGGGCACUGGUCAUAUUUACAGGUGAGAUCGCCAUUGACGAAGGUGGAGUUUCACGGGAGUUCUUCUCUGUUAUUGCCGAGGAAUUUUGCAGUCGACCAAAGAUCCUCAAGCAAUACGAUGAAUCCAGACUUGUUUGGUUCCCGGAAUGGGAGCCAGAAAUCAAUGAUGUAUUUCGCCUGCUGGGCAUUAUCUGCUGGCUGGCCCUGUACAAUGGUUAUGUGGUGGACUUCCACUUCCCAUUGGCCCUCUACAAGAAGCUGCUAAAUGAGCAACCUACUCUCGAUGACCAGAAGGAACUCUCCCCAACAGUCGGCCGAAAUCUUCAGGAACUUCUCAAUUAUGAGGGUGAUGACUUGGAGGAGAUAUUCUGCAUGGAUUUCACAAUUGGGGCAGACAUGGCUGAUGGAUCAAUAACCAGACAUGAACUCAUUCCUAAUGGGAAAAACAUUCCAGUGCAAAGCCACAACAGGAAGUUAUUCGUUGACAAAUAUGUGGACUACAUAUUUAACACAUCGGUGGAGAAACAUUUCCAAGCUUUCUCUGAAGGGUUUCGAUAUGUUCCUUUGCCAGUUGUAGAUUUGUUCCUUCCUGACGAAUUGAUGGCUCUUCUCCAAGGAAACAUGCUGUACGACUGGCCUCAGCUGGAGGAGAACGCCAGUUACGGGUCGGGCUACACAAGAAUGGAUGAAGCCAUUGUCCAGUUCUGGCAGAUGUUUCAUGAGCUAACCCAGGAGGAGAAGAAGCAUUUCCUGGCCUUCCUCACAGGUUGUGACAAGGUUCCCAUUGGAGGCAUGGGCAAGUUCAGGAUCGUCAUUCGGGAGGAUUUCAGACCUGAUCCGGAUUUGUACUUCCCGACUGCUCACACCUGCUACCAAAUGCUGGAUCUGCCCCGGUACAGCAGUGCGGAGAUCCUGAGGGAGCGGUUCCUCCGAGCGAUUGGAUGCAGUCGGGGGUUCGGGAUUGCCUAGUGGCUGAAAUCAUCUGCUGCUCCUGAGCGUCUCUGAGCGAGUGGAAAUCAUGUUGCACGUGCCCAAUGGUUCAGUGGUUUCUUUAUUAUCACGUGUAGCAAGGUACAGUGAGAAGACAGUCUCAGCAAGACCCAGGCAGAGAUGAGGAGGCACCAGGCCAUUCGGCCCACCAUGUCUGCGCUGAACACAAUGUCAAUUUCCCAGCCACCAGUGCAAAGCACCACACAACGUGCUGGAGUAACUCAGAGGGUCAGGCAGCAUCCGUGGCAACAUGGGUGGGUGUUGUUUUCGUUCGGGUCGGGAAGGAUCCUGAGGUACUCCAGCAUUUUGUGUCUUGUUUGUUUGUAAACCAGCAACUGGAGUUCCUCAUAAUGACAGGUAGAUCUGUUAUCAUAAGUGUUUCCAUUAACACAGAUUGGAUGUCACACAACUGUUGCAUUGGGGAACAUCCCUUUUAUUACUUUUAUAACCUUUUAUUGGUUAUAAUAGCAUUUCGAUCAGGAACUAGAAAACUGCUUAAAUGUAACUUUGAAAAUUGCUAAGCAUUAAAAAACCUGUCCUAGAGUCAUAGAAUGAUACAGUGUGGAAACUGGCCCAUUAGCCCAACUUGCCCACACCGUCCCAGCUACACUAGUCCCACCUGUCUGCGCUUGGUCCA